AUAGUUCAUCCUCACUUUCCCAAGAACAGGAAUUAGAAAAAUAUCUUUCCGGAAAAAGAUUAGACCUCAAAAAAUACUUUGUUUUUAAUUCGGGGGAAGAAGUUAAAGUAGGAGCAAUUAAAUUAGAACAUAAUUGGAUUGAAAAAAAGGUUAAUAAUGCUAGGGCUUUAACUCCUCUACUUUCCGAACAUUUAACUAAAUUAUUGGGAGAAAAAAAGGAUUGA